UUGAACAGUCACAGAGCUAGGCUAGUAAUUGGGCCAACAUCGCUCCCCUGGCCUACAUUUACAUAAAUAUCUAUCUAGGUUAGGUUGUUUGAUUUGUCCUCGCUUGAACUUUCUUUUCGGUAUUUUGUGAAAAGCGAUGAAGUCACCCGCUGUACUGUAGAAAUUCAAUAGGCUUUGUCAGCUAAAAUCAGUCUGAAGAAGAUUUGGCAAACGCCGUAGAAAAUAAACAAACGCCCUAAAUUUUAGAGAUCUAGAUCUAGAUCUAAAUCUAGAUCUAGGCCUACCGAGGUCUCUCUCUAAGUUGGAAAGGUCAGGACACAGGUUGAUCAUUGACGAUUGUCGUCACAUUGAUUGAUUCUUGAAUUAAUGGGUGGAAAAUUUGCUUUUCCCCAUUAUUACGGUUACUGUUGGAAUUUUGUAGGACUUAUAUUUCUCUUGCAUUUAGACUCGUGGUCUGGACAAGAUUUUCUCGGCAGUUUUGAGUAAUUUUCCUUGUCGCCUUGUCGAUUGAAAUUAAAAUAUAAGGCUUUUCACAAGUCAAUUUCUUUGUUACCUUAAAAGAGUUGAUAGAAUAGAUCUAGAUCUAGUAGUUAGAUCUAAUUCUAGAUUCUAGAUCAACUCAACAGACUAAAGUUAAAGACAAGAUUAGAGUUUGAAGAAACAGUAACUAAAAAGCAGAAAGUCUGAAAAGGUAGCUCCAGAUUCUAGUACCAAAAUCUUUAAACACACAUCAACUUACGGCACGGCAUUUGUAUUGAAUAACUUUUUAAAAAGCAUUGAGAGACCUGAGGAAGGCUCUGGAAUCCGCUAUGACGAUCAUUGUUCGGUUAUCAUUAGGACGGACUUCAGAGUCGGCUCUAGCUUUCAAGUCAUUUGUUGGAGCUGUAAAACAAGGAAGUGUUUCUCGCAAGAGUUACAGUGCUGGCUCAUCAUCAAGUCAUUAUGAUGAUAAACUCAGCCUCAAGACUUCCGAGAGGAUACCGGUCCCAGAACAAGCGACGAAUACUCCUCCUGUGUUUACACCACAGUCACUGUCAGAUAGUAAAGGGCAAGCGCCCUUUCCGGAAAAUGAUGCAGUUGUGGAAUAUAAACUUCUGAAAACUAAUUUCGAUGAUGUUCUCAGAGACAAAUCUGCAGAGUCUGAUCCUGGGUCAGUGCUGACAUCGAGACAUGUGGAUCCAACUCUGGUUCAUCAAGUGUACUACUUUGAUACCCUAGCUUUUGUAAAGAAGCUGGAAGCAAGUGGUUUCUCCCGGCAGCAGGCAGAAGGCUGCGCUGAAUGUCUUGUGGAAGUCAUCAACACCACACUGGAUCACCAGGGCCGGCACAUGGUCACAAAGCUGCAAAAGGAAAUAACAGUGCAGCAGCUGCUUGCGGAGAUAGCAUCUGUGAAGAAGGACAUGACACUUCUGCAAAAGACUGAGUUUUCUUCUCUCAAAACAGAUACUGAGAAAAUGAGUUUUGAGAUGUCUCAGAUCCAAGGGCAUAUGAAUGAUGAGAUUGUUAAGUUGAAGGGGCAGUUCAGUCUGGAUAUCAACCUGGAACGAGGACGCGCCAUAGAAGCGCAUGCUGAAAAUGAAAAGCGACUGCAGAUGCUUCACAACAAGAUUGAUACCGAAGUGGCCAACCUGAAGACCACAUAUGAAGUGUACCGUAAUGAUAUAUUCAAAUAUGCUGGAGGUACUGUGAUUGCUGUUGGAACUCUUGUCCUUGGAAUUCUUCGACUGUGGCAUUGAUAUAGGCUGACCGUAGAAUCAUUAAUUGUACAUUUAAUAAUUAUAUACCUUCAUAUAUAUAUCUUAUAUAGGCCUACACGUUUCAGGAAAGGAAUAUGCUUUUGUUAUUCUGUAAAACUGAACAAUAAGAUUUAAAAUGCAGUCUUUACUCUUCGGUGAAGGUAAGUUCAUAAACUGACAGAUGUUCCAAGAUCAUUAUUUCAAGAUAUUGUUCUGUAGCUGGACUAACUUACUGUUACUUUGUAUCCAGCAUUUCAUAUUUUAUUAACGAUUUGCUUCCAUUGAUAAGGCAUCCUUGCGGAAAUAAUUUUUGGUAUUCCUUUUUGCACAAUUGAUGUUUAUUUAUUUUACAUUUUUAUUUCUUUGUUUAUUUGUUCAGAUAUUUUUUACCAGUUUUAAGGAAGAAUGAUUGAUAGCUGGUUCCCGUGUGUAUAGUGCCUUGCUAUUUUCUUCUUCCCAAAUAUGAAUAUCUUAGGUCAGAUUAUUACUAAUUAAUUGGCAAAUGUCCACUGUGUAUGAAGAGAACAUCCACUGUGUGAUAGAGCACAUGACUAUUAUUUAGACAUGAAUGGUCAAGUCCUCACAUUAAAAUUAUAGUUUCAUCCUAGAGAGUGAAAUUAUAAAAAAUAAUGGUAUUUUACUGUUUGAAGGUCUCUGCCCAUAAUUUUUGGUUGCUCAUAGAUGAGAAGUCUUAUUCUCCAUUUCAUAUUGCAUAUAUUUUUGGUCAUUUUGAUAAAAUGGGAAAGAGAAGUUGCCUCGUGCUGUGUUUUGCAAACUGACAAUACUUACCAGAAUAGCAUGACUUUUCUAAAAUUAUAGGGCAUCUCAGACUUUUCCUUUCAAGUAAGAUUACACUCUUAAUAAGGAAGUCUCCAUCCAAGGCCAUAGGGAUAAGUGCAGGUUUGCUGCAGUUGCUGUAAUGUUCUAUAAAAUGUGUUGUCAUGAAAGGUCUCUGAGGGAGAAGCAUAACUCAGUGUAAGAAUAAAUUAUAAUAGGGCUUUUUAAGAGAGAGAGAUUUAGAGAUAGGGAAGGAGGGUGGCUGUGUGUCUUUGUGUAUGUGUGUGCAUGGGUAUUGCAAUGUGGGUGUACCUGUUUGUCUUGAGAUGACGAAUGUAUUCAUAUUUUGUAUUCUGGAGAGUGGUGGAGCAUGGUGUCAGUUUGUUUCUGUGGAGAGUCAAUAUCUUAUCUCGUCUUAUCCUUGUCUUAACCAGUGUGCAGAGACUUUAGAUAUGCUACUGUCAGGAGAAGUAUGCUGUGAAUAUCCUGUUAAAGUGCAUGAAUUUGAAAAGAUUGGGGAUAGAAGUUUGCAUUUAGACAUGAUAUUCAACAGGGAUAUGUUUGAGUGCGUGUGUGUGUGUUUUUGUGAAUGUUUGUAUUUUCUAAAAGAUCGCAUUUUAUUCGUCUUCCUUCACCAUAGUGAUCUCAAUGGUUCGUCAGUUGUAUAUUUGUCAUGAGUGUAACUGGCCAUUAUUUGUAUAUCUUAUAUUGUCCUUGUGGGUUGUUUUUCCCUUGUCCCUUCCAGACAACCUCAUGUCGUUUUUAAAAGUUACACUUGAUGAUAGCCGAUAUCCUAAGUUUUGGGGUAUAAGGAAUUUCGAACUUCAUUCCUACAGCAGGCUCAAGCUGUUAAAUUUUCUUUUACGUAAGGGUUUUUUGUUAGUUUUCGAGAAGACACAAAUGUUUGGUCCCACUUGCCAGGGCUUAAUGAAAAUGCCAGGUACAGAAAUGAAGCCAAACUCUUUGGCAUACAUACAAGUUUAGCUCACUGCCAAGUAGCCUUUUCUGCUUUAAAAGCUUGCAGUACUUGAUAUUAUGGCUGUGUGAUGGUAUAAAUUUAUGGAUGUAUUUAUAUAUCUGUUUGAGUAUGCAGUCAUUAUGUAGGAUGUAUAUCAAGGUCUGUCUGAGAGGAGGAUGCAUGUCAUUAUGUCAUUUCUCAGUACGUUUAACGCACCAGGACUUAACGUCUCCUAAUUGUUUACAAGUGCUGCUUGUUGUUUCUUACAUCAGGUUCUUGUAUCUAUCUGCUGAUACAUGUGUACUGUUUCCAAAUGUUUGAUAGAAUCACUGAUAUUUGACUCGUGCAAUAAUGUUUUCUCUUGUCAGUCUUGCAUUGCUACUGUUGUCCUCCUUCUGCCUGAGGAGAUGGCAGAGAUACCUUGCCCUGAGGAUGUACCGGUGAUUGGUUGUGAUCAUUCUGUUCUUUCCACUUUUUGUUGAUAUUUAAUACUUCUGACCUCAUCUAUUCUCUUUCAAAAUAUGACUGUUAUUGUGUUGACUCGUCAUAAGCGACAAAUCAACAUCUGUAGUGGUAUCCUUCUGUCUAUUUGCUGCAGCAAGUUUCAUUUAUCUUCGUUAUGUGAAUAUAAAGUCUGAUUGUUGGGAGGCAGGCCCUCUUACUGUUGUUACAGAUGCUGCUUUUUGGCUAUUGCAGUUGGUGCCUUGUUCACUGGCUUCUUACUUGUGUCCGUGGUGUAGCAGUUAGGCGCUUUGUUGUGCUGUCCCCGUGGUUUUAUGCAAAAAAAAUUAUGAAAUUAUGCAAACUGAGCCC